GGGAGGGGAGGCUUUAUCCGGAUACGUGGUGGAACUUGAGGCGGUCCUACGCAGGCCGACCGUCCGGAAUCAUCCCAACCAACCAGCCUCCAUCCACCAGUUACCAAACUUUAACAUGGCACCCUCCACUUCUUCUCGACUGUUCUCUGCGCUGUUGAUCGCAUUGUCCGUUACUGCGGUGAACUCGCAGUAUGAAAAAUAUAGCUUCAGGAGCUUCCCCAAGCAUGAGCUGAUGCCUCUGGAGUCCGCGUACAAAUACGCGCUGGACCAGUACACCGGGGAGAAGUGGAAGGACACCGUGGAGUAUAUGGAGAUGUCUCUGAGGCUCUACCGGCUGCUGCGGGACAGCGAGGCCUUCUGCAACCUCAACUGCAGCUCCGUCAGGCUGGACGACGAGGAGAAGUUUGCGGAGUUCCCGGAGCUGCGGGCGUUUGGGAACGUGGUGAAGAGGGCUCAGUGUCUGAAGCGCUGCAAACAGGGGCUGCCCGCUUUUAGACAGGCCAUGCCCAGCCGGGACACCAUAGAUGAGUUUGAGAGGAGGGAGCCGUACAGAUACCUGCAGUACGCUUACUUUAAAUCUGACAAUCUGGGCAAGGCGGUGUCUGCUGCCCACACCUUCCUGCUGAAGCACCCCAAAGAUGAGAUGAUGCAGAGGAACAUGGCAUACUACAAGAGCAUGCCUGGGGCCGAAGAAUAUCUCAAAGACCUGGAGACCAAAUCCUAUGAAACAUUGUUUGUGCGUGCCGUGAGGGCGUAUAACGGGGAAAACUUCCGUACAUCAGUGUCAGACAUGGAGUUGGCUCUGCGGGACUUCUUAAAGGUCUAUGAUGAGUGUCUGGCUGCGUCUGAGGGCCCCAGGGACGUCAAAGACUUUAAAGAUUUUUACCCCUCUAUAGCAGAUCACUACAUUGAGGUCCUGGAGAGGAAAGUUACAUGUGAGAGUGACCUGACACCUGUCGUUGGGGGCUUCAUCGUUGAGAAGUUUGUGGCCACCAUGUACCACUACUUACAGUUCGCCUACUACAAAUUGAAUGACCUAAAAAACGCAGUGCCGUGCGCAGCCAGCUACAUGCUCUUUGACCCCAGCGAUGACGUCAUGAAGAAUAAUGUUGCCUAUUACAAGUUUCACAAAAGCCAGUGGGGGCUGACAGACGAGGAUUUCCUCCCCAGAUCAGAAUCAGUGCGGUACCACAACCAGACCACCAUGCAGCUACAGAUGUUGGAGUUCUCCAAACAGCGCCUAGUGAGCGACGAUGAGGGGGAGGUGGUGGAGUUUAUAGAUGAGUUCCUGGAUGAGGGUGAUGAGCCAACAGUGGAAAAUGUGCAUUAAUACUGAAGAGAAAACAAACUGCACCAACACUCGCGUUUAUUGGGUUUUGUAAGAGGUUCUGAUUGGUCACUGUGUUUUUACAUGCAGCUCCACAUUCUGAAUAUUUUUCUAGAUUCUUAUUUUAUGCACUAAUUAUGCAGCUCAUAGGCGUGGGCAUACAGCACAGUGACUAAAUGAGACAAGAAUGAUGGCAAUAGAGAUAUAAAUAUUUUAACUCACUGUUUUAUGAAUUCAUUCCUCCACUGUGAAAUGUGUAUGUUGUGAAUGGACAUUUUUUCAAUAAAAUAACUCAACAAACAUCAGAUGAUGAGUAACUAUCACAAUACUACUUCACAGGAAGUGAGUCCAAACAGGAAAACAGCUGGUGGGAACAGUUGAGCUGAAAGUCCUUUGUUUUGUAUUUUAAACCUCAUUUUAGCUCACCAAAAUCACAAAACCUUUCAUAUCUAAUUCAUGUC